AUGUGGCGGGACCGUACCAACCUCUACAUUUCCUACCGCCAGUCGUUCGCGCAUCAUCCAGCCAAGAAGCCACGUUAUCUCGGAGCGUCCAAUGGCUUCUCGGAUAGCCUAUCGCAGCCCGAGGAGAGCCGACGACUUAUUUCAGAAACAGGAGGACUCGACGAUGAUGGCGAUGCAAUCAUUGAGAUGGACGUUUUACCCCCGCGCUGGGUCGACGUACAGGAGGAAGUGACGGAGCUACUUGCGGACAUUGCGCAGAAGUCCUCCCACCUCGAUAAGCUACACCAGAAACACCUUCUACCUGGAUUCGGAGACGAGGACGUACGAAAGCAAGACGAGGUAGUUAUAGAGCGGCUAACGCAGGACAUCACGCGCGCCUUCCAUGAAUGCCAGAAAGCGGUAAAGAAGAUUGAGACGAUGGUACGGGAAGCCCAACAACAGGGUGGAGUUAGCAGCGGCGAUGAAACUAUGGCCAAGAACUUGCAGAUAUCCCUUGCUGCUAGGGUGCAAGAGGCUAGUGCUCGGUUUCGGAAGAAACAGAGUACCUAUUUGAAGAAAUUACGAGGAUUGGAGGGCGGAUCAGCGCCAUUUGAACGGUCCCCGACACCGAUGCAGAAUCCAUACACAGACCCGUCGCUAAUGGAAUCCGAUGCGGACAAGUCGUUCUCGCAAUCUACACUAAUGCAAACGUCUCAACGACUGACGGGCCAGAACGAUGCCGCCAUUGAACAGCGGGAGCGGGAAAUCAACGACAUCGCGAAAGGAAUUAUCGAGCUGUCGGAUAUUUUCCGUGAGUUGCAGUCUAUGGUUAUCGACCAGGGUACUAUGCUGGAUCGGAUAGACUAUAAUAUUGAGCGGAUGGGCACGGAGGUCAAGGCCGCGGAUAAGGAGUUGAAAGUGGUACGUUUGCGUCCGGUGCAGCCACCCGAAGUUAAGUUUCCACUAACCAAUCUGCAUAUUGUAGGCUACGAACUACCAACGACGUACAGUGAAGCGCAAGAUCAUGCUCCUGCUGGUGAUCAUAGUCGCAGGCCUGUUUAUCGUUCUACUGGUCAAGCCGAAGAAGCACAGUUCCCCGGAUCCCGCUCCCGCCCCGGCGCCGCCACCUCCCCCGCAAACUAA